AUGCCCAAGAGAACGCGAUACGACGAUGGCGACCUCCACCACCAACACCAACACCUGUCCUUCACCCCAGACUCCUUCUCCCUCCUCAACACGUGCGCCGCCGACGGCACAGCCCUGGGCGGCCUGUCGGACUGCGACACCACGUGGGUGUUUGAGGCGGAUGCCGAUGCGGCGCAGAUGCAGAUGCAAUUCUCCGACUUUGGGUCCACAGACAUUGACAUUCCCGAUGUCCCCGCCCUGCAGUCCCUACACGGUGGUGACGGUCGCAUUCACACGGGCGCGCACAGCGACCUCGUUACCGGCCAUGACCUGUCCGCCGGCUACCAGACGUCGAAUGGCUCCUCCUUGUCCGUGCCCGCGUCCCGAUCAAGGUCUGCCUCGUCCCUGUCGGCCAUGUUUCUCUCAUCCUCCUCCUCGUCAUCGUCGUCGUCUUCUUCGUCGUCACCGUCUCCUCGCUUCCCGGUCGCGGCCGAGGUCCAGCCGCACAAUGCAGGACCUGCCCAGCAGGUCAAUCAAUGCAGGUCUCAGCGGCACGGGUCCGAGAUGUGCAUCGCGGCAGCGCUCCGCGCCCUGACGACCCUGCACAUCGCCCAGUCGGCAUGCCUGAGCGCCCACCAGGAGGCCCCGACCGUCCAGCAGGCCCGGAAGAUGGAGACGGUGCUGGCCACCAACAAGGACGUCAUCGCCGGCAUGGGCCCCAUUCUGGCCUGUUCCUGCUCGACAAAGUCGCUGGUCCAGCUGCUGCUGCUCAGCAUCUGCGGCAACCUCAUCGCCUGGAACGGCGCCAUGAUCAGCGCCGACCUCGAACAGGGCGACGAUCCGUUCUCCGCGGCGUGCGCUCUGUCUGCCGGUGGCCCUACGCAGGCCCCCAAGGUGCGCGUCCUGCCACAGCCCAUCACCAUCGGCCAGCACCAGAUCAGCGGCAAGCUCGGCCGGGCACUGCACGCCCAGGUCAUGGCGGGCGAGCUGCGUGUGCUAGAGGGCCUCGUCGACGCCCUGUCGCGCCGCUUCUGCGAGGCGUCGGGGUCAGACGGCGCCUCCGGCACCUCUCCGCCCACGCACCUGAGGAGCGUCGGCGGUCGCGCCGCUGCUUCCCCUUCGCUGCGGUCGAAAGGGCUCUCCAACAACGUGCACCGCCAUAUUAUCUCGUCGCUGCGCACGCGGUUAGAGAACACGCGGGCCAAGAUUUUUUCUCGGGGGUAG